UGACAGCUUCUUGAAAAUGGUGGUUGGUUUUGUCUUGGAAAUAAAAAAUAAAUUGCGAAAUGUUUUAAUUUCAUUAUACUAACUAGUCAUAAUUGAAACUAGUAUUUCUGCCACAGAAAUGGAGUUUACCAGUUUAAUUUUUCCGCUAACAAAAAAUAUUUGCAGAACUUGCCUUGUAGAAUCCGAUACUUCGAUGUUUAUGAACGUCCAAGAUUUGGUUGAACAUGAGAUGAGUAAAGUGAAAAUCAUCGAUAUACUCGUUUUCUUAAAUUGUUUAGAGAACAACGAUGAAGAGAACUGGCCUCAAGGAAUGUGCGCGACAUGUGUGUCAACCGCUUUAUUAGCCUAUAAUUUCAAGAUAUCUUGCUUGAAAGUCAACUCUACUCUCUCUCAGAUACUUGCCAUUGAAUCUUCCUCCAAUUUCCAACGAUCUGACAUAGAUUCUAUUGAUAUUAAUGUCGUGUACCAGGAUCACGAGUAUGACGUACCCCUUUUUAACCAUCAAACAUUGGAUUUUGAUUCAAAUCUAUCCUCAGAUAGUAAUAAAGAAUUAACACCUCUACCACCAGUCACAGAAAUCACAUCAACGGAACAACUGCCAAGACAAGAAGGAGAAAAGAAGUAUGUUUGCACAGUUUGCCCUAAAUCAUUCACAAGAAUCUACAGCUUGAGAUGUCAUAUGGCAAGACAUGCUGAAGUGCGUAAAUACCUCUGUUCUAAGUGUGGAAAAGCAUUCUACACUUCAAGUGGGCUUAAGCAACAUGCUAUCACACAUAAAGAUAUAGCCCAGUUUAAAUGUGGCUUUUGUAAUAAAAUUUAUAAAUCAAGGCAGUCUUUGAAGGAGCAUUUUCGUGUUGCGCACUCUAGUAAUCGUAAGCUGUAUGUUUGUGUGGCAUGUGGCAAACGGUACACAGCAAGAUCUAGUUUGAUGAUGCAUGUCAAAACACACAAUGGAGAGAAGCCAUAUGCUUGUCCAUAUUGCCCUAAAUCCUAUACAAGGUCUAUUUAUUUGAAGGUGCAUAGUUUGGUCCAUUCUGGUCAGGAAAGACCAAAGCCCUUCCUCUGCAACUACAUUAAUUGUGAUAGGAGCUUCUCCACAAAACAUUCCUUAUUAGUCCACAUAGCCCAUGCACACUCAACUGAAAGGCCUCAUAAGUGUACCAUUUGUCUUAAAGGCUUUGCCACUGCUUCUGGUUUGAAUGACCAUCGUGAAUCUCAUAGCAAUAGUCAACUUUAUUGCGAUUACUGCUCUAAGAGAUUUUUUAACAAGAGAGUGCUGCAGAAACAUCUGAAAAGUCAUGAUGUGGAUGUAGAUGCCAAUGAUAAUAUGAUUCAGGAGACUGUGGUGGACAAUGUCUUUUUUGACCAAGUGUAUUAACAUGUUUGUGAUGUUAGUUAUAAGCUAUAAUUUUGUAGUGUAGGUACAGUCAGCUGUGCUGAAUAGUUAUAGUGAUUAUCCCACCAUUGUUAAAUAGCUACCUCUGAAAAUGAAUAAAUAAGUUGUUCAAAUGACUGGUAUUU